UCUUCUAUGAAAUGGGGCAGACGUCGAACAAAAGAAGAGCGGAGGAGCUGCCCGGCGGAGUGGCCAAUGGCUGCAUCGCCGGCGACGUGGAGGGGGAAGCGUCGCGGCCGCUCAACUUUGCGGUUGUGGAAGCCGGAGUUUUCCGGUCGGGGUUUCCGGAGGCUGUAAAUUUCAGUUUCCUCCAAAAUCUCCGGCUUCGCUCCGUCGUUUAUUUGUGCCCUGAGCCGUAUCCGGAGGCGAACUUGGAGUUCUUGGAGGCCAAUGGAAUCAGGCUUUUCCAGUUUGGAAUUGAGGGUCAUAAGGAACCGUUUGUGAACAUCCCAGAAGAAAUGAUUCGGGAGGCUCUCAAAAUUGUUCUUGACGUUAGCAAUCACCCUCUACUCAUCCAUUGCAAUAGAGGCAAGCAUCGCACUGGCUGUGUCGUCGGCUGUUUAAGGAAGCUUCAAAAAUGGUGCUUAUCUUCAGUAUUCGAUGAAUACCAGAGCUUUGCUGCGGCAAAGGCGAGAGUUUCUGAUCAGAGAUUCAUGGAGCUGUUUGAUAUUACCACCUUGAAGCAUCUGUCACCUCAAUUUGGCCUUCUGAAAAGUUCAGCAGUUGCCUGAAGAGGUUGUCUCCUUACCAGUUGAAGGUAGCUUUACUUUUAUUAAUGUUCAGAAGAACCUUUUCUUUAUUUCUUUUUUAUUAACUUUGGAGAAGAACUGAAAAGUCUGCUUAGUUAU